AUGAGAAGAGUUUGUACAAACUAUGAAAGUUAUUGGAUUCAAAAUUCGAAAGUGUGGAAUGUAAGAUCGUUCGAAACUGAAAAGGAUGAACCAAACAUGUUGUUCAAACCAGUUUUGAAUUCGCCCAUUGAAUCCAUCUCUUUUUAUUACAAACACUUUCUUCCAACCAUUGUAAAUUCAUUUUACAGAGGCAACACAAUUUCAUAUAGAGAAAGAAUCAAAACUAUUCUUUUAGGAAGUGAACGAUGUGGAAAAUCUGAAUUAAUGAAAUUGGUUAUUAACAAUUAUCAAGAUUUUAAUCCAUUACUGGAAUACUCUCCAACUGAUGCCCAUCUUUACACACCAUUAGAAAUUAUUCCAUUCAAGACCUCUUCUGAAAGAGGAGAUUUGUUAUUACAAUUUUGGGAUAGUUCAGGUAAAGAAAAGAGAAUUCCCUUUCUCAAACCAUUAUUAAGGGAGACGAGAAUUUAUACAUUUUGUUUUGAUUUGAGCGAUGUGAAAUCUUUCUUUGAAAUGAAAAGUAGAAUUGAAACUUUUCAAGUGGAAUAUUUAAAUUCUAAUUCAUUGAAUGAGGAAUUAAAAGAAAGUGGAGCUUGCAUGUUGGUGAUUGGAAUGAAGAGAGAUUUGGAGAGGAAAGUGAGUAAACUUGAAAUUACUAAAUAUUUGGAAGAAUUGAGCAAAGUUAAAGAUGGAAUCUCAAUUAAGAGUUUAAGAAUUCAAUAUUUCGAGUUGAGUAGCAAACAGGAUUCAAAGAAAGUAUUGGAAUUUCCAUUUAUUUAUGGGUUGACCAUGAUUGAAGAGCAUAUUCCACCAGAAGAGACAUUAGAAAUGAUGGCAGCACACUUUAUGAAACCUGCAAAAUAA